GCUCCGUCCUUAAACACGUGGCUACGAUCGGAGCGGAGCAAUGGCGGCAGCGGGCGGCGUGUACGAGCCGCUCCCCCCUCCCUGCGCCUUCUCGCCGAGGAGCCGGGACUUGCUCGCUCUCUCCGGGGUGGACGGGCGGAUACAGGUGUGGGACACCCGCGGGGCCGGCCUGAGGAGAGAGUACGUGCCCUCCGCGCACCUCAGCGCGACCUGUACGUGUCUGGCCUGGGCUCCGGCCCGGGGGAUCCAGGAAGCGCACCAGAAAAAACGUAGGAAAUCCGAAGCGGUAGAUAAAGAUGAACAGUACGACCUCCUCACCAUCGGCACAGCCACCGGCACCAUAUUGUUGUACAGUAUCGUCAAAGGGGAAUUACAGAGCAAAUUGGUUGGCGGCCAUGACAGGAAAGUGACCUGCAUCCGGUGGCAUCAAGACAACGGUUUCUUGUACAGUUGUUCAGAGGACAAACACAUUGUGGAAUGGAACACACAGACCUUCAAAGUGAAAUGCAAAUGGAAAGGCGACAACAGCAGCGUCAGCAGCCUGUGUAUAAGUCCGGACGGGAAAAUGUUGCUGUCUGCGGGGCGGACGAUCAAACUGUGGGAUCUGGAAACCAAAGAAGUCACCAGGCAAUUCACAGGUCAUUCCUCAGCGGUCACCUCACUCAUGUUCAUCCCAGUCCGAGCACCAGCGGACGCCCAGACUCCACCCGAAACCAGCGGCUUAUACUUCCUGUCCGGGUCCGUUCACGACCGGUUAAUAAGCUUGUGGCAGGUCCGGACCGAAAAAAAAGAGAAGAGUGCAGUCCUGUCCUUCACACUCACAGAAUCGCCCGUCUCUGUAGACCUGGCACCAGCUGACAGCAAAGAGGAGCCUCUGAAGCUGGCCGUCGUCUGCAGGGAUGGACAGUUGCACUUAUUUGAACAUAUAUUGAAUGGGACCCACAAGAAGCCCGUCGUUCCCACAUGUACAGUACAGAUAGCGAUGUCAGGCAGCGAUGAGGCCUCCACGCCAAAGCCGCUGCCCAUCCAGAGUGCCGGCUUCUGCCCGGACAAGCAGUCUGUAGUGCUGUAUUAUGGCAGCACCAUGCAGCCGUUGAUUGAGAGAGUGGUGCUGAAGACAGACGAGCCUCAUUUAUGUUUAAUCAGAGACGUCCAGAAGACGCUGACGCUCCGGAAAGAGAUGGCAGUGACCAAGGUGAAAACUCCGAUUGUCAAGGCUGCCGACACCAAGGUUCUGGUCCCUGGAAUUCCGGGUCACAGCGCAGCAAUGGCGGCCGUGUCCUCCAAAUCCGAGAGGCGGGAUUGGAAGCGGAAACCCGGAGACAAGGAGGUCAGCAUUGAGGACAGACUCGGUGCCAUGGACAUCGACCUUCCUAAAGUGCCCACCAAGAGUGGCCUGCCCCAGACGGACAACUUCUCGGUGCUCCUCGUGCAAGGUCUGGAGAGCAAUGACGCCAACAUCUUAAAUAAAGUAUUCCAGACCAAGAACGAGUCUCAGAUCAAGAAGACUGUGGCGAGGAUACCAGUGUACUCGGUCAUACCGCUGGUGCAUGAGUUGACGAAACGAUUACAAGGACAUCCCAACAGUGCCAUAUUGAUGGUGCGCUGGAUCAAGGCGGUCCUGGUGCACCACGCGUCCUAUCUGUCCACUUUACCGGAUUUGGUGCCUCAGUUGGGUUCCCUCUAUCAGCUCAUGGAGACCCGGGUGAAGACCCUCCAGAAGAUGUCACGUCUGAAUGGAAAGCUUUACCUCCUCAUCACACAGUUGGCAGCAUCUGAGAUCUCACAGAGGAUAAAAACCAAUCAAGAGGCCAAAAUGGUGUACGAAGAAGAAUCCUCAGAAGACGAGAGCGGGGGCGAGGAACACAACACUGACUCGGAUGAUAACUGGGAAGAAGGAGAAGAGGAGGAAGAGGAAGAAGAAGGAUCCGGCAAAGAGGGUUCAGAGGAAGAGAUGAAUGUAGACAAAGUGAACGGUGAUUCAGACGUUGACCCUGGAAAUGAAAGUGAAGAAGAAUAACUUCUCCCAUGUGGUGGGCGAUUGCUCUAAGGCGCCCGUCCUUCAUCGUGCAGACUGGUGUACGCAGCUGUGUGGAGAACUGUCAGCGACGUCAGGAUGGGGUCCUAGCGCGAGCAAACAGAAUGUUCCUAUAACCAUGUCUGCCUUUCUGAGAACCCCGCCCGCCCUCCGCGUUCUCCGGGUCUUCUCAACAACUAGUCACUAAACGUCUGCAGAUUCUUAAUGUCCUGGAGUAAAUUACCACCUUUCCCUUCUCCUCCUCCCCCCCCUCCCCCCUCUUUGGGUUUUUACUAAACAGACAGGAGAAGCGUAUAUUCAGUGGCGGUGACCUGAGGUUUUCUUUUUAUGUUGAUUUUUGACACCAGCCGCUCAGCGAACAAAAAAUAAUAAAAAUUCAAAAACAUUUCAUGGGACGAUCGAUCGCUGCAGCCACACGGACUGAUCACAG